ACUGUGUAUUUAAAUGCGUUUAAAUGCAUAAAUUUUCUUUUUCAGCUCUGAGUAUCAGUUUCGAGGAUUUGAGUAUCGGGGUUGCGUUCAUCAUCACCAGAAAAAUAAACAACCAAACUUUUUUUUUCUGGAACAGGGGAAUAUACGAGUGUUGUGGAAUUCUCUUUUUCUUUUUUUCAAUUUUUUUUGGACAGCAGAUGUUUUUUUGUUUGCUUCACUGAUGCCUGGCUUUCAGUGUCCACCCACAAGUUAAUUAUCAAACGUGUGCAUUAGGUUUGUGCGUUGUGAUUGGCACUGAACAAAUCAGGCCAGAUAAGAAACAGGUCAUAGUCGAUGUCUCAUACGCCACUGAAGAGGGCUGAAAGUACCACCUCAUUAUUUAUUCCUAAUUUAUCACGUAUCCGUGGAUACCGGUUUAUCCCAUCCCUCUUAUCUCUGUUGGUUCUCUCUCUGUUGGAUGUAACACUCCAUUUACUUUCAGAACGUGACAGAAUGGGGGUCCUCGCAAAGAAGUGGGACGACGGAUUUAUCUUUCUAACACUGGCUGCAUAUUGGGUGCUUUGUGAUGCUCAGCCUCAACCCGGUUUCUGUGUGAUGUAUGACGAAUGUGGUCUAAACCCCAACGUAGAAGGGUCCCUGAUCCCUGCAAGAAUACCCUGCAAAAGUUAUCAGCAAGCAAGUUCAGUGGUAGGUCAACACUACCAGCUAUUGAAGGAAAUCUGUCCUAUGUUGGACAGAGGUGAGGGGGAAACAUUUGCCUGCUGCACCAGUACUCAACUGCACGCCCUGCAAAGCAGCCUGUCGCUAUCCAAAGCUCUGCUGCUCCGCUGCCCAUCCUGUGCUUAUAAUUUUGCCCACCUGCACUGCAUCACCACCUGCAGCCCCAACCAAAGCCAGAUAAUCAACAUCACCAAAACUGUGAACGUCACAGUUAACGGAGUGCCGAAAGAUGCCGUGGUUGCAUACCAGGCCUACGUUUCCACCAGGUUCUCCGAUGCAUCCUUCAGGUCCUGCCAGAAUGUACGUAUUCCAUCAACAGGUGGAUACGCUAUCGCUACCAUGUGUGGCCGAUAUGGUCAUAAGCUGUGCACGCCUCAGCGCUGGUUAGAUUUCCAAGGUGACACAAGCAACGGUCUGGCUCCACUUGAUAUUGAUUUUAGACUCAUACCACCUGGCGAGAUGUCACAGGUACCAGCAGGAAUGGUUCCAUAUGCGGGCUUGGCUAUAGGCUGUAAUGAAACAUCACCCACUGGGGAAGAAGAGUGCUCUUGCCAGGACUGUCUGGAUGCCUGCCCUUCAGUUCCUCCACCUCAACCUAUACCUGAGGAGACCAGCUUCAUGGUCGGUGAAAUGAAUGGCAUCCUCUUCAUAUGCCUCCUUUUCUUUAUAUUUUUGUCCCUCCUGUUCUUCGGUUUCCUUCUGGCUAAGUUAGUUUUCCAGACCCGCAAGAGUAAGAUGUCAACAUUGGGCAAGGACAAAAAUGCAAAUGAAGUAGACCUUAACCAAACAGUGGAGCCCAAAGACGUCACAUGCUCCGAUCGUGCAAGUCUGGCCACUCAAGAAUUCCUGGGUUCACACUUUCAGAUUUGGGGAACUAUAAUGGCUAGAUACCCAAAGACCGUGAUCAUUGUAUGUCUAGUAGCAGUGGUUGCAUUUUCAAGUGGGCUGAUGUACAUAGAACUGACCACAGAUCCUGUUCAGCUUUGGUCGGCUCCCGACAGCCGUGCUAUGCGUGAGAAGGACUUCCAUGACCGACAUUUUGCCCCCUUCUUUCGUACCAACCAACUGAUUCUGACAGCUCCAGGGAGAAAAGGCUAUGUGUACGAUUCCUUGCUAUUUGGCAAAACAAACUUCAGUGGCCUCAUCUCUAAAGACCUCAUCGUUCAACUAUUGGCGCUUCAAGAGAGAAUUCAGGCAAUCGAGUUCUGGUCUGACGAUCUUAACAAAACCGCUAGCCUUAAGGACGUGUGCUAUGCUCCGCUCAAUCCAGAAAACCCCGCUCUUUCUGACUGUGCUGUCAACAGUCUUCCUCAAUACUUCCAAAACAGCAUCGAUAAUCUGAACGCGAAGGUUAACAUGACCGAGCUAGGUGUGACUAAAGAAGUUGACUGGAGAGAUCAUUUCAUCUACUGCGUCAACUCUCCGUUGUCUUUUAAAGACAUCACUGCGCUUGGCAUGAGCUGCAUGGCUGACUACGGAGGACCUGUGUUUCCCUUCUUGGCUGUGGGAGGAUACAAUAAUGAAGACUACACAAAUGCUGAAGCGUUCAUCGUCACUUUUUCUCUGAAUAACUAUCCACGCGAUCACCCAAAGUUCAAAGUGGUGCAAGAAUGGGAAUCCAGAUUCUUAGACAUUGUACAGGCGUACCAAAAAGAUCCCAGCACAAACUUUACGUUCGCCUACAUGGCUGAGAGAUCUUUAGAGGAUGAAAUCAACAGAACUACAAUAGAGGAUAUCCCCAUCUUUAUGAUCAGCUACGCAGUCAUCUUUUUGUACAUCGCCGUGGCUCUGGGGGAAUACUCAUCCUUCAAACGCAUUCUGGUGGACUCCAAGUUCCUUGUUGGCCUGGGGGGUAUAUUGGUAGUAGGCUGCUCGGUCCUGGCCUCCAUGGGUUUCUAUGCUUGGAUAGGAGUCCAGUCCUCGCUAGUCAUUCUGCAGGUUGUCCCCUUUCUAGUCCUGGCUGUUGGAGCUGACAACAUCUUCAUCUUUGUUCUGGAGUAUCAGAGAGACAUACGCCGACCAGGAGAGCAGCGGGAGGAGCAGAUUGGUCGAGUCCUUGGCAAUGUCGCUCCCAGCAUGCUCCUUUGCAGCAUGUCAGAAUCAGUCUGCUUCUUUUUUGGUGCUUUGAGUACAAUGCCUGCCGUGAAGUCUUUUGCGCUCUACGCUGCUUUAGCCAUCCUCAUGGACUUUGUGCUGCAGAUGACUGCGUUCGUGGCACUGCUGUCUCUCGACGCUCGCCGACAAGAUGCCAAUCGCUGUGAAAUAGCUUGCUGUGUGACUGUAAAGAAACCACGUCCUUCCAAACCCAACGAGGGCUUCCUCCUCCCUCUAAUGCGGAAAUAUUAUGCCCCAGUACUGCUCCACCCCAUCUCCAGGAUAGUAGUGAUCAUUCUAUUCCUCUUCAUGUUCUGCGCCUCCAUCUUCCUUUUGUUCCAUGUGAAGGUGGGCUUGGAUCAGGAGCUGGCCAUGCCAUCAGACUCCUACAUGUUGACAUACUUUGCAUACUUGUACAAGUACUUUGAGGUGGGGGUUCCCGUAUAUUUUGUCACAACAAGAGGCUUCAAAUUCGAAAAUGUCACUGGCAUGAACGCAGUGUGUUCCAGCGUCGGCUGUGACCAGUUCUCCCUCACCCAGAAGAUCCAGUACGCCACGGCGUUUCCUGACAGAUCCUACAUAGCUAUCCCAGCAUCCUCUUGGGUAGACGAUUUCAUCGACUGGCUGAAUCCUCAGACUCGAUGCUGUCGGAUUUACUCCUUCGGACCCAACGCAGGGAAAUUCUGUCCCUCUAGUGAGAGUGCCCUCAUGUGUUUGUCGAAGUGUAUGAAGUCCCCAUCCAAUGGCCUCCUGCGUCCAACCGUAGAGGAGUUUAACAAGUAUCUCCCCAGCUUUCUCACCAACCGGCCAGACUUACAGUGUCCCAAAGGUGGUUUGGGGGCUUACGACACAUCUGUGGUCCGGGACAAUGUGACGGGAGAAAUAUUAGCAUCUCGGUUCAUGGCGUAUCACACUCCGCUCACUAACUCGCAGGAGUUUACAGCGGCUCUACUCAUGGCGAGAGAAAUCGCCCACGACAUCACCAUGGCUUUGAGAAAUGUGCCAGGCACGGCUCCUGACUUCGAGGUCUUCCCCUAUACUGUGACGUACGUGUACUACGAGCAGUACAUUAGCAUUGUGAACGAGGGCCUGAUGAACCUCUCGCUCUGUUUGUUACCCACCUUCGUGGUGUGCUGUAUCCUGCUCGGUAUGGACCUGCGCUCGGGUCUCCUCAACCUCCUCACCAUAGUGAUGAUCACCGUGGAUACGGUGGGUGUCAUGACGCUGUGGGGCAUCGACUACAAUGCCGUGUCGCUAAUCAACCUCGUCACGGCCGUGGGGAUUUCCGUGGAAUUUGUGUCUCAUCUAACGCGCUCUUUCGCCCUGAGCACUUUGCCCACUAAGGUGCAGAGAGCCAAAGAUGCUACUGCUAAGAUGGGCAGUGCGGUGUUUGCCGGCGUCGCUAUGACCAACCUGCCUGGAAUCAUCGUGCUGGCAUUUGCUAAAGCUCAGCUCAUUCAGAUCUUCUUCUUCCGGCUGAAUCUGGUCAUCACGCUGCUGGGAAUGGCGCACGGCCUCAUCUUCCUGCCUGUGCUGCUCAGCUACUUUGGCCCAUCUGUAAACAAGGCCUUGCUGCUGGAGCUGCAGAAUAAAAAAGCCGUGGAAAUGCAGCAGCGCAGCACAGCAGUUUACGACAACGAUGGCUUUGCAAAGCAGGAGAAUCGCAUCAGUUCAGAAACCGAAAACUCCACAACGCCGCACAACAGUGCUCCAGUAGUCCCAGGAAAGUUGGAGCAGGAGAUAACGCUAGAACCAAGUACAGAGGAGGACACCAACCAUAUCCAGAGUAACACGUUUCAGUAGUUCUGGGGUGACCUUCCUCUUCUGCUGCGCUUCUGAUCUCCUGCUACGAGAUCAUUGGCAGAGAGAGAAAAGGAUGGUUCAUUAACAAUAGGACCCUUUCAUUAUACACACUAGUGCAAUAUAAGGGUCAGGAGACCUGCUUUAUAGGGAUAAAGGUUUUUUUUUUUUUUCCACCUCAGCAACACAGUCGUGUGUUUUACCUGCUCUAACACACUAAGCAGAACUUGGGCUUGGCGAUGGAAACAUCGCUUGAUCAUAGAAGUUAAAACACCUGCUGGACAUGUUUUUAUAUAUUAACUUGUAAACGAACCAUCGAAAGUAGUCACACAGCCAAGACAUGACGCAUUAGGCUUAAAUUUCCAUGCACAGAUGUACACAUGACGAAUGUUGUAUAAAAGAGUCAUCGCUUGAACUGUAUUUCUAAAUCUGGUCUUACUAUUUACAAAUAACAGCUAUUCAAAAGGAGCUACCAGUUGUUACCGGCUAGUAACUCAGUAAAUCAUUUAGACACAAAAAACAAAAAUAGCCGUGGCGGACCAGAGACGAACCUGAAAUUUGGACGGAAGUAAGUCCUCUCUAGUAGCAUUCUGCUUGAAAAAUUGUGAGUUAUAACUGAGCCUAUAAGUGGAACCGUGAGCAAUCUCGAGCAUUACAUUCGGACUUAUCUAGUCUACGAAACAAGAAUGUGGUCUCUCUCUAUAUUUAUAUCUUGUAAUGUGCUCUAGAGAUCAGUUUUUGUUUCAAGGAGCUAGGCCCAUCCUGAGCCGAGGUAUCGAGGUUUCCGCAAACAGCUAUAUAACCUAAAUUUGUGGUAUGCCAAGCAAAGAUGGCCGUUGCAUGUAAACCUAAUAAAAAUGUAAAAAAAAAGAACUCAUGGUUUUGCAAUGCCGAUAUAUAGAUAUAAUCACGCAAAAAUAUUUUAAAAACUUAUAAUUGGACCACUUGAGCUGGAAUGACCCAUAUCUGACAUAUUACAUCUCACAUAAAAACAUAGCUUAGACUCAGAGGGAGCUAAUUAGCUUAGCUAAAAAUAAUUACCUGCUACACACCAAGGCAGUUUUCUCCAUAAAUAAACUAUCAAGAUACAAUGUAUUGUCAAUGUUAAGAAUAUAGUGUGAAUUGAAUAUGGUAUUACUUGAGUAAUUGGUAUUAUUCACAAAACUCGCUAGGCCUAAUUCUGCUUAUUAAAGAACGGGACAAACUGCAAACAAACUGUCUUACGCCGCUGUAAAGUUGUUAACGUCUUCUUGAAUGUCGAAGCUUGCCUUCUCGUGUCAGCCUGCACUCACACUUCGUUAUAGGCUAACAUUUUCAUUUGUUUUUUUGUUCGUUGUACUGUAUUUUAUUUAAUUCCAUUACAUUUGCCUACAAUGUCUUUUUGUUGAAACUCUACUGCUGCCAUACACUCCAGUGAAAAGUGCUUGCUGUUUGUGUCAUGUGAUACAUUAGUGCAAUAAGAAGUGCACUCGGUGUAUUUGUUCGUCUGUGUGCGUGUUUGCAAAAUCAUCAAACUGCCGAUGUAGCGAUACCUGCAAGUCGUUAAGAACGAGAUCCAAUAAACGACAUAACCGGACUGGACCAGUUGUGGAUGUGAAAUAGAUAUUGGGUUUUUGUGAACUGUAACCUCACAAAUCUCGCAUUUUUAAUCAGUAAAACAAAAGUUAAACAAAAAUAUAUGUAUUUUUAAAAACAAUAAAACCCUCCAAUUGAAGGACAUGUCUUGCACAAAUCUAAAGGUGAGCGCACUUUAAACAGGAAAGAAUAAAAGGUAUUUGUUCGGACCCCCGACAUCUAACAAAAUGCUGAACCAAUAAUAUUAAUUUAACCAAAUUAUUCACUUCAGCAGGAGAAGUGAUUGUGGAGACAGCGUGUGUAAAUGAAUACGACCAAAGGGAAAGUAUUAAAUUUGUGGAAACCUGUUUCUGCCAUUUGAAAAAGGGGGGAAAAAAACAAUUACUCGAUAAAUAUGUUUUGCUAUCUUAAGUCAUCAACAUUGACCUAAUUGAAACUAAUCCAAGUCCGUAGACAGUGCCACAACAAAGGCGGGCGACAUCACACAAGGGUAAUCCAUAAUCAAAUAUCCAGACACGGGCAAGAGUAAAAAAAAUAACAAACUGCACAAACGUUGAAACGUUGACGUAUCAGAGGCUUGGAUCUAAAGUAAAAAAUGCACAACUUGGACGAAUGCUCGACUUUUGCUUGGACACCCAUGACAUAGACAAUCGAUUACUAAACACAGAACAGGUGAACACAAUAGGGCAACAAUGCAGUGAAAAGACAGGAACAGAGACAGGGCUAAAACAAACAAACAAACAAAGGCACAUAAAUGUAAACAAAAGCACAUGACAACAAUUUUUCUAUUAGAGUCUAUUUAUACGUGCAGUAUAUAAACAUGUGAAAAGGUUUUCAUUUACGUUGACCUUUUCAACACUGUGCAGACUCACAUCUGCACUCAUUAUCAUUAAUUAAUGUUCUGAUCGUAUUUGGAACAGUUUUUUUUUAUUUUUGUCACCUUUAAGCUGCGUUAUACUUGACGUGGAAACAUGAAUGCGUGCCUAUUACUUGUGCGUAAGCCACAGCACGCCCACUCUCCCCACACGGUUUAUCAGAUUGCACACACCCGUUUGGCUUAUUUGGAAAAGCAGUAAAUCAAGGCAUAAUGUGAUGAAAGGAAGACAGCCACGCUUAAUGAAACUGACUCGUUAUUAAAAGCUUUUCAACAUAAUUGUGAUUCAUGUGUCUACGUUUUUAUUAGUGACGUGAGCACACGUUAAAACGACGUU